AUGGGUGUGCGUGCCCUUGAUCCGGUCACAAAGAGAGCUUGGGAGGAAGAACCUGAGCCCAGCAUGUCAUCCGACGCUUCAUCGAUAACCAGCGAAGUUUCCUUCAGCCAAUUCACCGAGUUUUUACAGCGGCGAUACUGCACGUUACACGCUCUCGGUCAGGUGGCUACAUCCUCCUCCAACGACUACUUAAGCGGUCGACGGAAGACUGCCCAGCCCACUACCUCAAAGACAAUCCAAGCACAUGCCACUGGGACAGUUCGCGCAAGGGGGGGCUGCCCAGCUUGCAAGGAGGCCCACUACGUCGGACACUGCCUAACCUUCCGAGGGCUAGAGCCGGAAGAGCGACGGAAGCUGGUAGCUGCAAGAGGCCUCUGCUACAAGUGCCUUGGGAGCAGUCACACUGCCAGAAACUGCCCCUCCAACAACACCUGUCGGAGCUGCGCUGGUGCCCACCAUACCUUGAUCCACGAGGGCGCUGGAAGAAUCAGCCGUCAGACGGAUGAGGAAUCACAACCGACUACAUCUCACGAUGGUCAAUCGGCGACGCUCCAAGCGGCCGCGACUAGCACGAAGCCAGCUGGAGAGGACGGGACGGCGUGA